AUGGCUAACGAUGAUGAUGUUCCUCCUGGAUUCAACAAUGUGGGUGAUAACAGAGUGAUCCCGCAGGAUCCAAAUCAGCAGAAUGCACAAGGCCAGAACAAUGAUGGGCAGAGAGCGCCAACUUUGAUGGAAUUCUUUCAGCCAAAUGUGGGCAACACUACUCAUGGCUACUUUGCUCAUCCUGUGCGAACGCCUCACUAUGAAAUCAAGACGAGUUUCAUUCAACUCUUAGAGGCUCGUUGUCAGUUCUAUGGUCUGCCUACUGAAGACCCAAAUGCACAUCUUGCAAACUUCCUAGAGGUGUGUAGUACAUUCAAGCUCAGUAACAUGACUGAAGAUGAAGUAUUGUUGCGCUUAUUCUCAUUUUCUCUGAGGGAUAGAGCAAAACAAUGGAUUCAUGCAUUACCUAGAGAGGGGAUCGAUACUUGGCCAGAUUUGGCAAAAGCUUUCAUGAGCAAAUAUUUCUCCAUGGCCAAGACUGCAAAGCUGACAAGGGAUAUUAUGCUCUAUCAGCAAAACGAUGGAGAAUCGAUUCAUGAAGCGUGGGAGCGAUACAAGGAGAUGCAGAGGAAAGUUCCCCAUCAUCACAUCACCAGGGAAAAUCUGAUCCAGAACUUCUACAAUGGGUCCACUGAGUUGGGGAGAAGCGCUAUAGAUGUAGCUGCAGGCGGGUCACUGAUGAGGAAGACAACUGAUGAAGCAUUCGCUUUAUUAGAUGAGAUGGCCAUGAAUGGGUGUACUUGGCCGAAUGAAAGGGCAAGAGUACCUGCGCAGAAAGGACUAAUGGCAAUCACUGCUGAUCCGGCUGUGGAGAAUCUGAAAGCAAAGAAUGCUGCACUGCAAGCUCAGGUUGACAUUCUUAUGAGGCAGGCUGCAGGGAUGACUAUGGGGAAUGUUGCUGCAGUUCAGAGUAGCUGUGAAGUAUGUGGCGAUCCUACCCAUGUGGCAAAUGACUGCUAUGUGAUGGGACAGGGCUCCAAUGAGCAGGUCAAUUUUGUGGGAGGACAGAGGCAGGGCAAUGAUCCUUAUGCUGCUACUUACAAUCCAGGAUGGAGGAAUCACCCAAAUUUCUCAUGGAAGGAUAAUGGGGGUAAUGCCAACAAUCAGGCGGGUCCAACUUUUCAAGGAGGACAAAGGCCACAACAGAAUCAAGGCAACUUCCAGAAUCAAGGGAACUUCCAGAAUCAGGGGAAUUUCCAACAUCAAAAUAAUAGGCCACAGCAUCCACCUGGCUUUCAGCAGGGAGAGUCGCUCCACAGCAAGAUUGAUAAGAUGAUGGAGAUGAUGAUGAAGAAGGAUGCAGAGACGCAGCAAACGUUCAAGAAUCAUGCUGCUACUAUUCAUAACCUUGAGGUGCAGAACCAGCAGAUGGCUAAGGCACUGCAGAACCGAAAUCAAGGGGGUUUACCAUCCACUACUGAGGAAAACCCCAGAGAGCAUCUCAAGGCUAUUGAAUUGAGGAGUGGGAAGGCAUUGGAUGAUCCAUAUGCAGUGAGUGCUACAGCAGAGGCGGAAAAGGAACAGGGUGAGGGUGGUGAGCCUGAAAAGGUAGUCACUAAGCCACCUCCACCACCUCCUUUUGUGCCAAAGGUGCCAUUCCCACAUAGAGUGAAGAAGCCAAAAGACACUUGGAAGUUUCAUCAGUUCUUAGAAACUUUCAAGAAGCUACAAAUCAACAUCAGCUUGGCAGACGCACUGAGAGAGAUGCCACACUACGCCAAGUUCCUGAAAGACAUCAUCACCAACAAGCGUAGUUGGGAAGCAGAGGGCACGGUACCUAUGACGGAGAACUGCAGCUCAAUCAUACUGAGCAAUCUACCGACGAAGCUCAAGGACCCAGGGAGUUUUACUAUUCCUUGUACUAUUGGUCAUAUGCAGUCUGUCAAUUGUUUGUGUGAUUUAGGCGCCAGUAUUAAUUUGAUGCCCUUAUCCCUGUUUCGUAGUAUGUUUGGUGAUCAGCAGGUACAGGCUACACCGAUGAUGCUACAGUUGGCGGAUCACUCUCUGAAGAAGCCACAUGGGAUUGUGGAGGAUGUCUUAGUUAAGGUCAACAAAUUCAUAUUCCCUGUGGAUUUUGUUGUCCUUGACUAUGCAGCUGACAAGGAGUGCCCGAUGAUUUUGGGGCGACCAUUCAUGAACACAGGCAGAGCUCUUAUCGAUGUUCAUGAUGGCAAGCUGACUUUGAGGAUUGGGGAUGAAAGCGUCGAGUUUGACAUGAAGAGAAUCACACGCCAUCCAAAUCCUGAAGAUGAGUGUAUGCGGGUAGACUUGAUAGAUGAGCUAGUGCGAGAGCAACUAGAAGUAGACGGAUCCAACAUGAAUGCUGAUCUGGAUCAAGAGAAAGAUUGUGUAUACAGUCUUGAUGUUGUGCCAGAAGAGGAAGCAUGGAUUGAGGAGCCAGUCACCGAACCGUUGAUGAAGAGCAAGCACAUCACUCCUCCUUCAUCAGAAAGGCCACCUAAGGUGGAGCUCAAGACUCUACCUGCACAUCUUCGGUAUGCUUUCUUGGGAGCUGACAGCACGUUACCUAUCAUUAUCAGCAAUAAGCUUACCAAGAAGCACGAGCAGAGGGUCAUCGAUGUAGUCAAGGGACGUAUCUUGGCUAUAGGGUGGCAGAUAUCCGAUAUCAGAGGGAUCAGCCCAUCAGUAGUGAUGCAUCGGAUUCAUCUCGAGGAUGAGUCUAAGGCAUCUGCACAGAGACAAAGACGGCUGAAUCCUAACAUGAAGGAAGUAGUUCACAAGGAGAUUGUGAAGCUACUGGACGCGGGCAUCAUCUAUCCUAUUUCAGACAGUGCAUGGGUGAGCCCGAUUCAGUGUGUGCCUAAGAAAGGCGGUAUGACAGUCGUAGAGAACGACAAGGGUGAGCAGAUCUCUACUCGCACGGUUACUGGGUGGCGGGUAUGCAUAGACUACAGGAAGCUGAACGCAGAGACAAGGAAGGAUCACUUCCCACUUCCUUUUAUUGAUCAGAUGCUAGAGCGGGUGGCAGGACAUGCAUUCUACUGUUUUCUUGAUGGUUACUCUGGGUACAACCAGAUUAUUAUUUUUCCAGAGGACCAAGAGAAGACUACAUUCACCUGCCCAUAUGGCACUUUUGCUUAUCGCCGUAUGCCGUUUGGUCUCUGCAAUGCACCUGCAACGUUUCAGAGGUGCAUGACUUCGAUCUUCAAUGAUAUGAUUGAAGACAUUAUGGAGGUGUUCAUGGAUGACUUUUCAGUUUUCGGUGAUUCCUUCGAGCGGUGUCUUCAUAACUUAGACCGAGUCCUGCAGAGAUGUGAGGAGACUAAUCUGGUUCUUAACUGGGAGAAAUGCCACUUCAUGGUGGAAGAGGGCAUUGUUUUGGGGCAUAAGGUCUCGAAAGAGGGUAUAGAGGUUGACCGAGCAAAGACUGAGGUGAUCGAGAAGCUGCCACCUCCACUCACAGUGAAGGGAGUCCGUGCCUUCCUAGGCCAUGCAGGGUUUUAUCGACGCUUCAUAAAAGACUUUUCCUCUAUAGCGCGUCCUUUGACCAACUUACUGGUCAAGGAUGUGCCUUUUGUGUUUACUGAUGCCUGUUUAGUUUCUUUUCUCAGGUUAAAGGAAGCACUUGUCACUGCCCCAGUCAUCUCCAGUCCAGAUUGGGAUCUGCCAUUCGAGCUUAUGUGUGAUGCGAGUGACCAGGCUUUAGGGUGCGUUCUGGGGCAAAGGAAGGAGAAGAAGCUGCACGUGAUCUACUAUGCAAGUCGUACCUUGGCAGGAGCCCAGCUGAAUUACACCACUACAGAGAAAGAGAUGUUGGCUGUAGUAUUUGCACUGGAUAAAUUUAGGCCGUAUCUGCUUGGCUCAAAGAUUAUCAUAUACACAGACCAUGCUGCACUUCGAUAUCUUUUUGCCAAGCAAGAUGCCAAGCCUAGGUUGAUUCGAUGGGUGUUGCUCCUGCAAGAGUUUGACUUGGAGAUUAGAGACAAGCGAGGCACAGAGAAUGUGGUAGCUGACCACUUGUCGAGGCUAGAGGUUCCUGAGCCAGUGAUAGCAGGCGAGGUCAUCAAUGAGCGGUUUCCUGAUGAGGCUCUUAUGCUCAUUAAGGAAACGAUGAAUCCAUGGUAUGCUGACUUCGCCAAUUACCUCUCUGCCAACAUCAUGCCAUCUGACUUGAGCAGUCAUCAGCGCAAGAAAUUCAUGUCGGAUGUCCGGCGUUAUCUAUGGGAUGAGCCAUACUUGUUCAAGGUUUGUGCAGAUGGUAUGAUAAGGAGAUGUGUUGCAGAGGAGGAGAUGUUGCCUAUUAUGACCCAGUGUCAUUCUUCAGAUUAUGCGGGUCACUACGGUUCAGCCAGGACGGCAGCACGUGUGUUAGAGAGUGGUUUCUUCUGGCCUACACUAUUCAGUGAUGUCAGAGAUUUUGUGCAGCAUUGUGAUAGGUGCCAGCGGACGGGCAAUAUUUCGAGACGGGAUGAGAUGCCUCUUUCUUCUAUUCAAGAGGUUGAGAUUUUUGACGUCUGGGGCAUUGAUUUCAUGGGACCGUUCCCUAUGUCAUACGGGAACCAGUACAUCUUGGUUUGUGUCGACUAUGUGUCGAAGUGGGUGGAAGCUGCUGCUUUGCCUACUAAUGAUGGAAAGGUAGUACUGAAGUUCCUGAAGAAGCUCAUCAAUAGAUUUGGGGUGCCACGUGCUAUCAUCAGUGAUGGAGGUUCACAUUUCUGCAACAGACAGUUUGAUGCACUGAUGAAGAAGUACAACGUCUACCAUAGAGUGGCGACUCCUUAUCAUCCACAGACUAGUGGACAGGUUGAGGUGUCGAAUAGAGAGCUGAAGCGCAUCCUUGAGAAGACCGUGAAUAGCACGCGCAAAGAUUGGUCUCUGAAGCUGGAUGAUGCGCUAUGGGCAUAUCGAACGGCAUUCAAAACGCCAAUUGGUAUGUCCCCCUACAGAUUGGUCUAUGGGAAGGCGUGUCACUUGCCUGUAGAGUUGGAGCAUCGAGCUUACUGGGCUCUUAAAGAGCUGAAUUUUGAUCCGAGAAUGUCUAAGGAGAAGCGUCUUUUGCAGCUGAAUGAGCUUGAUGAGUUCCGGCUGACGGCAUAUGAGAAUGCUAAGCUCUAUAAAGAAAAGACCAAGAAAUGGCAUGAUGCUCAUAUUGUACCUAAAAAGUUUACAGCAGGCAGUUAUGUGCUACUGUAUAACUCUCGCUUGCGUCUUUUCCCUGGAAAGCUGAAAUCAAGAUGGAGUGGACCAUUCCAAGUGCAACAUGUUGCUGAUCAUGGUGCCAUUGAGCUGAAAAACGCUAAUGGUGAGACCUUCAAAGUUAAUGGACAAAGGUUCGAGUCUUUCGCGUGCAAAAUAUUUCGUUUUUCGGCAGCUGCAGCAGGAGGGCGCGUUGUAAGGCGCUCUAGAAGCAACGCGCCUCGCAACGCGCCCCUGUGUAAGAUGGAGAAGGGCGCGAUGGCUUCAACGCGCCUUGCAACGCGCAAGCCAUCGCGCCUCAACUGA